UAUAGGACGCGCUAAACCAUAAGAGCCACAAAUCAAGCACACAGGUUUAUGCUAUUUUACCUCCAAAAAACAAUAAAAAAACAACAACAAUACCUACAACGAGCAAACGGUGGAAUUGUCAACAAAUGAGCUCCUAUUUUGUGAACUCAUUCUGCGGUCGCUAUCCCAAUGGCGCGGACUUCCAGUUACAUAAUUAUGGAGACCAUAGCACGGCAAACGAGCAAUACAGAGACUCCACAGCCAUGCAUUCCAGCAGGUACGGCUAUGGCUACAACGGGAUGGACCUAACAGUCGGACGGGCCGGUACCGGACACUUUGUGGGCAACGAGCGGACGCAGGGCUACUCCCCGAGUCACUCAGCGGCGACGACACCCUCGGUGGAGCCGGUCAGGUACACCCAGUCCGCCAGCAGCACCGGGACAUCGUCUCUAUCGCCACCACCUGACCCGCUGCCGUGCUCCUCGGUCGCCAGCUCAUCCCCGGUCACCGAGACUCAGCCUCAACACCGAGGCGUGAAGAACUCUGUAACGACCCCGUGCUCCAGUUCGAACGGCGGCACGCUGCUGCUCAGCCGGGACUGUGUGUCCAAAGCCUCCCCCCUGGAGGAAGAGAAGCCCGCGGGAAGCGCACCGACAACUCCUCAAAAUGUCACCGACUCAACGCAGCCUCAGAUAUAUCCGUGGAUGAGAAAACUACAUAUAAGUCAUGAUUUGGCAGGACCAGAGGGGAAGAGAGCCAGGACUGCAUACACCCGGUACCAGACCCUGGAGCUGGAGAAGGAGUUCCACUUCAACCGGUACCUGACCCGCAGGCGGAGGAUCGAGAUAGCGCAUGCCCUCUGCCUCUCAGAGAGACAGAUCAAAAUCUGGUUUCAGAACCGCAGGAUGAAGUGGAAGAAGGACAACAAGCUGAAGAGCAUGAACAUGGCGGCUGCUGGCGGGGGAGGCUACAGGCCUUGAUGUUCACUCCUCUCUACCCCUGAUAGCGAGCACUAUGAAAAUAAAACAGAGAUUGUCAUAUCAACUUCUCCUCCUCCUGCUCCCAGAAGCGCAGAGACUUUGUUAACGGGCUGUGUGCGGGACAAGGGGACACCCCGCCCGAGCCCGAGAAUGUCCAACAACCGUCCCAUUAUAUUCCUUAAUAUUAUUUCCUUUUUAUUUCCACCGUGGUAAUGCUUAUGUGCGUAUAUAUAAAAAAAUGCAUUAUGUACAGUUCUGUCUAGAUUUAGAAGAAAAAGAAACACCUGAAAAUAAAUGUUUGUUUAAAUUAUUUCUUGUUCAGACGAAAAAAAAGAGAAAGAAAUAAAAACAUCAAAGCUUGAAACGCUACCUACCUACCGCGAAUAAAUCCAGUAAAAGUUGUGUGAUGCACUCAGAACAACAACGGCCUGUUACAGGCUGGACGUCGAGCUGCCUUUGUGUUUAGCCUUCGUUUUCUAUGUAUGUACUGUAUAUGUAUGUAUUUAUUUGUUUGAUGUAUUGUACCAACUUGUCAGAUAACUUGCUUCCAAAAGUAGAGCCAGCGGAGUGCGUAAAGCCUUGUGUGGUUAUUGUAUGCGUUGUGAACACAUGUAUGGACAGAGGUGCCGACUCAGUCUUGUAUGUACAGUAGCUGUGCCUUGUAUCUCUGUUAUUUUAUCUUAUUUUUUGUUGCAGGAGCUUCUGUUUUGCGUUGUUCACCUGGGCGCAACAUCUUAGUAAAAGCGUGUUUUCUGUCUUUGCUUUCUCUAGCUGUUUCUAUGUGGAGGGUCCCACAGUAAAUCCCAUUACCUAUGUGUAUAACUCCAUCGUGAUUAGCAUUUUGUAAAUGUUUUUCAAAGACUGGAAGUCAAGAAUAUACUAUAAUGAUAAUAAUAAUAAUGAAGAUGAUGAUGAUGAUGGCCAUUAUAAUAAACUUUCU